CUGCGAGUAGAGCCGUGCAGCUGUCGCUCGACUAAAUCGGGGGCGCCUGAGAGCAGUCCCACAAGUGGUUCCUGCCCGCAAGCGAGUCGGACCCGGCGGCUGAAGGAAGAGCGAACUGCCGGCUACGCAGAGGAGAAGACGGGUUGCGGGGGGCCGCUCGCCAGGUGGUCCCUACAGGUGCGGGGGAGAAGGGAGCGGCGCGCCAUGGUGCGCGCGGUGGGCGCCGCGGAAGGCUGCGCUCCUCUCCUCGCUCCCAGCUGCUGGUGUUAGGCUCCGCGGGGCAGUGCCUCGCCCCGGCCCGGCCGCCGCUCUCCUCCUGCAGCUUGGCAGCAGCGUGCUGGGAUCGCUCGAGGCGAAAAGACGCGGCAUGGCAGCUGCCUGACCCCGGCCGCCAGAACAGAGCCCAGGACGCGCCGCGGUGGCGGCUCGGCAGGGAUGAACGACGGCGGCGAGGGGACCAUCAGCUUCGCGGUGCCCGGCCCUCCGGGCGGCGGCGAGGAGGGGCUCGGCCGGCGGACGCAAGGAGCCGACGGCGGCCGUGGCUUCCAGCCCGAGUUGGCCUCGCCGUGGAGCGAGGACGCGGCCGUCGCUUGCCCCGCCGCCGGCACGGGCAUCGCGGCGCGGGCCAAGGGCGCCGGGCGCCGGACGGCCGUCACCUACGUGAUCAACGAGGCGAGCCAGGGGCCGCUGCUGGCGGCGGAGAGCGGCGCCCUGCAGAGCCUGCGGGAGGCGUGCGAGGUGGUGGGGGCCACGCUGGAGACGCUGCACUUCGGCAAGCUGGACUUCGGCGAGACGGCUGUGCUGGACCGCUUCUACAACGCAGAUAUUGCUGUUGUAGAGAUGAGUGAUGCCUUUCGUCAGCCUUCCCUCUUCUACCACCUGGGAGUCAGAGAGAGCUUCAGUAUGGCUAACAACAUUAUCCUCUACUGUGAUACGAAUUCCGAAUCUCUGCAGUCACUGAAGGAAAUUAUUUGCCAGAAGAAUAAUAUGUGCACUGGUAACUACAUCUUUGUUCCUUACAUGAUAACUCCACAUAACAAGGUGUACUGCUGCGAUAGUAGCUUUAUGAAGGGACUAACAGAACUGAUGCAGCCAAGUUUUGAAUCACUUCUUGGGCCUAUUUGCUUACCUCUGGUAGAUCGAUUUAUCCAACUCUUGAAGGUGGCACAGGCCAGCUCGGGCCAGUAUUUCCGGGAAUCCAUCCUUAAUGACAUUAGGAAGGCCCGUACCCUCUACACUGGCAAAGAGCUUGCAGCAGAGCUGGCGAGAAUUCGGCAGCGAGUGGAUAAUAUUGAGGUCUUGUCUGCUGACAUUGUAAUCAACUUGCUGCUGUCCUACAGAGACAUACAGGAUUACGAUUCCAUUGUGAAACUAGUGAAGACUUUAGAAAAACUGCCUACUUUUGACUUGGCUUCCCAUCACCAUGUGAGGUUACAUUAUGCGUUUGCACUGAACAGACGAAAUCUGCCUGGGGACAGACAGAAAGCUCUAGAAAUUAUGAUUCCUUUAGUAGAACAAGAAGAUCAAGUAGCUUCAGAUAUGUACUGCCUGGUUGGUCGCAUUUACAAGGACAUGUUUUUGGAAUCUGGAUUCAUAGAUACAGAAAGCAGAGACAAAGGGACCUUCUGGUUCAAGAAGGCGUUUGAGUCAGAGCCAACACUGCAGUCGGGAAUCAGUUAUGCAGUGCUUCUUCUGGCAGCUGGACAUUGCUUUGAUACUUCUUUUGAGCUUCGGAAAGUUGGGGUAAAGAUCAGCAGCCUGCUUGGUAAAAAGGGGAGCUUGGAGAAGCUGCAGAGCUAUUGGGAAGUGGGAUCUUUCUUGGCAGCCAGUAUGUUGGCUAAUGACCACAUAAGAGUGAUCCAGGCUUCAGAAAAGCUAUUUAAGCUAAAGGCACCAGCAUGGUACCUGAAGUCUAUUGUAGAGACUAUUUUGAUAUAUCAGCAUUUUAAAAAACUGAAUCCUGAACAACAUACAGCCAAACAGGAACUCGUGGACUUCUGGAUGGACUUCCUUGUUGAAGCCACAAAGACAGAUGUGUCUGUAGUUAGAUUUCCAGUUUUAAUAUUGGAGCCAACCAAAAUCUAUCAGCCCUCAUAUCUGUCCAUCAACAGUGAAGCUGAGGAGAAGACUGUAUCUAUCUGGCAUGUGCUGCCCGAUGACAAGAAAGGUAUCCAUGAGUGGAACUUCAGUGCUGCGUCCAUCAGGGGAGUAAGCAUUUCGAAGUUUGAAGAACGGUGCUGUUUUCUGUAUGUGCUGCACAAUUCCGAUGACUUUCAAAUCUAUUUCUGCACGGAAGUUCAUUGUAGAAGGUUUUUUGACAUGGUGAACAGCAUCACUGAAGAAAUAGGGAAGUCUACAGAGGAAGGAGAAUGUGAUGGAGACUCCCUGGAGUAUGACUAUGAGUAUGAUGAAAACGGCGAGAGAGUCGUUCUGGGGAAAGGAACUUAUGGCAUUGUGUAUGCAGGACGAGAUUUGAGCAAUCAAGUCAGAAUUGCUAUUAAAGAAAUCCCAGAGAGAGAUAGCAGAUACUCCCAACCUCUGCAUGAAGAAAUAGCCUUGCAUAAGCAUCUCAAACACAAGAACAUUGUCCAGUAUUUGGGGUCUCUUAGCGAGAAUGGUUUCAUUAAGAUAUUCAUGGAGCAGGUGCCUGGUGGCAGUCUUUCUGCUCUUCUACGAUCAAAAUGGGGACCAUUAAAAAAUAAUGAGCAGACAAUUGGCUUUUACACUAAGCAGAUUCUCGAAGGAUUAAAAUACCUCCACGAUAAUCAAAUAGUGCAUCGAGACAUAAAGGGUGAUAACGUGCUUAUCAACACUUACAGUGGGGUGUUAAAAAUUUCAGACUUUGGAACUUCAAAGAGACUCGCGGGAAUCAACCCUUGUACUGAAACUUUCACUGGUACCCUUCAGUAUAUGGCACCAGAAAUAAUUGACAAAGGGCCACGUGGUUAUGGGAAGGCUGCGGACAUCUGGUCUUUGGGAUGCACGAUAAUUGAGAUGGCUACGGGGAAACCCCCAUUUUAUGAACUGGGAGAACCACAAGCAGCUAUGUUUAAGGUGGGAAUGUUUAAAAUCCACCCAGAGAUUCCUGAGUCCAUGUCUGCAGAAGCCAAGUCGUUCAUACUGCGUUGCUUUGAACCAGAUCCUGAUAAACGAGCUUUUGCUCAUGAGCUCCUCGUAGAUGAAUUCUUGAAGGUUUCAAGCAAAAAAAGAAAAUCCCCAUCAAAACUCUCGGUUCUUUCAGCUAACACAAAUGAGUAUCUUCGGAGCAUAUCCUUACCUGUUCCUGUUCUGGUGGAAGAUACAAGUAGUAGCAGUGAAUAUGGCUCUGUCUCACCUGAUACAGAGUUGAAAAUUGAUCCGUUCUCUUUCAAAACAAGAGCAAAAUCCUGUGGAGAAAAAGAUGGGAAGGGAAUCCGGUCCCUUUUUCUGAGCAUCCCAGAUGAAAAUUUUGAGGAUCACAGUGCACCUCCUUCACCUGAAGAGAAGGAUUCUGGGUUUUUCAUGCUGAAGAAGGAUAGUGAGAGGAGAGCUACCCUUCACAGAAUAUUGACUGAGGACCAAGAGAAGGUGGUGAGGAACUUGAUGGAAGCUUUGGCUCAGGGAGCUGAAGAGCCCAAGCUAAAAUGGGAACAUAUUACAACGCUUGUUUCCAGCCUCAGAGAGUUUGUACGGUCCACUGAUCGUAAAAUCAUUGCAACCACUCUUUCAAAACUGAAACUGGAGUUAGACUUCGACAGCCACGGUAUCAGUCAAGUGCAGCUUGUGCUGUUUGGUUUUCAAGAUGCUGUCAAUAAAGUUCUCCGAAAUCAUAACAUCAAGCCCCACUGGAUGUUUGCAUUGGACAACAUAAUUAGAAAAGCUGUGCAGACAGCAAUUACUAUUCUGGUCCCAGAAUUGAGGCCACAUUUUAGUCUUGCAUCUGAAAGUGAUGCAGCAGAUCAAGAUGAUAUAGAAGUUGAAGAAGAUCAAGAUGAGCAGCCUCAGAAUCAAACUAUCCAACAGCCUUGCAUUGUCAUGGAAGAUGCAGUAGCUACCUCAGGUGUGAGCACACUCAGCUCUACAGUAUCCCAUGACUCACAGGCUGCUCAGAGAACACUGAGUGUCCAGCUGGGCAGGCUAAAAUUAGAGACUAAUAGGUUACUGGAGGAGCUGGUUCAAAAGGAGAGAGAAUUUCAAGUCCUUUUACAUCAAGCUAUAGAAGAAAAAGAUCAGGAGAUCAAAAACCUCCGGCUUAGGUCACAGCCGAUAGAUAUUCCUGGAUUAUCUGUCUGUCAUCGUCAUUCCACUGGCACAGGGACUGAGGACCCUGAUCUCAUAAACUGGCUGAGUGUUCAAGGAGCUGAUGAGGCCACAAUAAACAAGUUCUUGGCUGAAGACUAUACCUUAAUGGAUGUUCUCUGCUAUGUUACACGAGAUGACCUGAAGUGUUUGAGACUGAGGGGAGGAAUGCUAUGCACACUCUGGAAGGCCAUUACUGACUUUCGACAGAAACAUGCCUGACACUUAAAUCUUCCCUUGCUUCUCCAUGGAGAGGAAGAGGUUUCUUUCCAGCACGGAGCAGGUGUGCUGUCAGAAGGACUGUUGCACUUUAAUCCAGUAUUUGUUUACCAAUGUUAAAAACACUGCAGCUUCCUGACUGCUCUUACUCCUGUAAUCCCUGAGGAAUAUGUAAACAACAUGCAACGUUAUUUUACUUCAACCAUUUUUACUUGCAAGUUUUCCAAAAAUUAAAAGGGGGAAAAAAAAAAAUUAACUCAAGAAAUAUCGUACUUAAAGUAACCAGAUGUUCAUUUCAUGGAAAACUGAUGUAAGGUUUCAUGUGACUGUGCAUCACUGGAACAAAACCGAAAUGUGACACCUUCUCAACCAAGUUUCUUUUUCUUUGUAGUGUUGUAUCAGUAAAAUGUAGUAGAAAUUCAUGAUUUCAAUCAGAAGUAGAUGUUUUUCUUUUAGUGUGCAAGUCCUAAGAGUAAUUGUUUUUACCUACUGCUCUAUAUAGUUUAAUAUUGUUUAUUUUUGGUAAUUUAAGUUCUAUGGUGCAUUUGUUUUAGUUGUUUAUGUACUACUGAACUGUACCAGUUGCAUACACCUCAACCAUAGUACUGUUAGCUUGUUCUAAAGCUAUCUGACACACACAGUUGAAAAUAAAAAUAACCUAAGAGUUACUUUUUCCUAUAUUUUUGAACUUCUAAAAUACUAAAGGUGUAAAAUGGGAAAAUAUUGGAAUAAAAAAGGAAAAAAAAAAUCACACUGAGUAUCAAGGGAAACUUUCUGACGGGUUCAAGUUACAGUGAUUUGACUUUGAUUAAUCUAUAACCUUGAGUGUUUUCUCUGUACUGGAAUUGUUGUGAACAGAACACUGACAACUCCCUGCAGAACACAGUUUUUCUCAGGCUCCUCUGUUUGAUGUGAUAAAAGAACACCCACCCUCUGUGCACAAAAAAGUUGUUUUGCUGUAUUCUA